AUACCUGUGAGGACGGAACUGUGUUCCAACUUGAAGCUCAGCACUUUUUCCAAUACAGACAUUUGCCUCCACAUUCUCAUGCAGGAACAGCUGAGGGGGUUGCGGCGCACCGGAACGCAGCAAAAUACAUUCUACAGCGCAUGAAUGGACGUUUAAGAGGUCUUGUCACCAGAUAACUGUGAAAAUGGAAACCUCAUCUCUGCUGUCAUCUUUACAUGAUGAGUGCAGAUCAGACAACUACCUUGAACCGCACUACAAGGAAUGUUACAGGCUUGCCAUUGAUGCGCUAAUUGAAAGUGGUGCAGAGGCUUACCAAGAGUUUCUUGCUAAAGAGAGAUGUUCAGAGUUUCUAGCAGAUGAUGAGAUUAAUUAUAUAUUGAACACUGUUCAGAAAAUCCCCCAAAACACAGUUUAUGCUCCCGAUAACACUGGUGAUGAUGCCUCUUCCUCGGGAACAUAUUGGCCUAUGGAAUCAGAUGUGGAGGCUCCUAAUCUUGACUUGGGUUGGCCUUAUGUAAUGCCUGGAAUUUCUGGCGGUACAAAUAUUGAGCUGCUCUUCCAUCCUCCACGAAUACAACCUUAUACAAUAAAGGAAACUAUUAGGAAGAUGGUAAAAGAAGCAAGAAAGGUUAUUGCCAUAGUUAUGGAUACAUUUACAGAUGUGGAUAUUUUCAAAGAAAUUGUAGAAGCAUCCACUAGGGGAAUUUCAGUAUAUCUUCUGCUAGAUGAAUCUAACUUCAGCCACUUUUUAAAGAUGACAGAGAAACAGGGUUGUCAAGUCCAAAGGCUCAGGAACAUGAGAGUGCGCACAGUAAAAGGACAAGAUUAUUUCUCCAAGUCAGGAGCAAAAUUCCAUGGGAAAAUGGAACAAAAGUUUCUUCUUGUUGACUGUAAGAAAGUCAUGUAUGGUACCUACAGCUUUAUGUGGUCUUUUGAAAAAGCCAAUCUCAGUAUGGUCCAAAUUAUCACAGGACAACUUGUUGAAUCUUUUGAUGAAGAGUUUAGGACACUAUAUGCCCGCUCUUCUGUUCCAAGUACAUUUGCUCCAGAAUUAGUUAGGAUUAAUAGUCGCCAAGCACUCUGGGAGAAUGACACAUACCAGCAUUCACACUCGUCUUUAGCUUCGAUUUCUAGCCAGCGUAACCUUUUGGGGAGGCAAGACAAGAUUCACACCUUUGAUCCCAGCUUCCUAAAAAUUCGAGGUCCUGGCAGAUACGGAAUAAAUGACAGUGACAAGUUUGGUACUAGAAACCAGCUCUUUCAGAAAACACAGUUUGCUCCAGGUUUUCAUAUGCAGAAUAGAAUCCAACAAUAUCAGCCCAAUGAAGUAAAUGAAAAUUGGAAAAGGCACAGUUAUGCGGGGGAGAAACCUGAAAGGACACCAUAUUUAAUGCUCAACAGGGCAAUUAAUAGGGCAAAUAAUCCACCAAAUGUUUGGAAAGUACCAUCUGAUAGUCUCAGUAUUGUAUCUUCAGUGCAUGGAAGCUAUAAACAUCGCAAUGUGCCUCAACAGAGCUUAGUCCCACAGCCAAAACUCAAUAUUGCAGAUAGGAAUUCAAUUGUACGGAGAUCUUUCAAUGGAACAGACAGUCACAUCCGCUAUCUACAGCAGAAGAUGCCAACCCUUGAACGCACUACAAAAUCUUUUCUACGUAACUGGCGUAUUGAAUCUUACUUAAAUGAUCAGUCAGAUUAUCCAACAGAAUCGAAUGGCUCAGGGGUAGGUGACAGGUGUGAAGGCUAUGAUGCAGCAGAAAACAUCAAAGCCCAUGCUUUUUAUACCCAUUCUCGCCUGCGCUCCUCAUUUGUCUUUAAGCCAACUUUGCCAGAACAGAAAGAAGUGAACAGCUGUACAAGUUCUACAAAUUCAACUAUUAUUGGUUCAGAAGGUAGUGAAACACCGAAGGGGACACCCAAUCAUCUUUCCAAACUAGAAGAUGCAACUGAUGACACUAAGGCAGAACCAAGCACUAAUAUCCCGCUGGAACCUGAUGUAGUAGAAAGCCAGAACUUUCAAGUUUCAGAAGAUAUAAAAUCUAGCGUAACUCCUUCAGUUACUAAGGAGAAGCCUGCCUACCUGUAUUCAACUCUGAGUACAAGCAGACCAGUAGAAUUUCUAAAAAAUGAAAAUAUACUGAAAAGGCGAAGUUUCCCAAUCUUUGAAAAUUCAAAAUCUGCUUUGGAUCAUGGGGAUCACAAAGAGGCUGCUAGCUACGUCUACAGCACAUUAAAUAGGAAUAGAUUUAGGCAACCAGCAGCUCUAAAGCCACCUCCAGAGGACAGUCUAACAAACUCUAACAGCUUACAUAAUGUAACCAAUCAUCUAGCACAUGACAAUAAAACUCUCCAAGGUGAACCCAAAAGCCCCACCACUACCAAGGCCGCCUCUGUGACUGUGCUAGUUGAAAGUAGCAAAGAAGAACCUGCCAAAGAUGCUUCGCCAAAGAAAGAGAACAAGAACUCCCCUAAUUUCUUGAAAAAGGGAUCACAGAAAUUAAGGUCAUUGCUGAAUCUCACACCAGACAAGAAAGAAAGUUUGUCGAAAAACAAAGCCCCCGCUUUCUACAGGAUGUGUAGCAGUUCUGACACCUUGGCAUCAGAAAGUGAAGAAAAUCAAAAGCCAAAAAUGUCUGAAAUGAAGGUUGAUUGUUCUCCGAGAAGAAAAAGAACUUCCUCAUCUAAUUCAAAAGGUAGCCUACAUAACAGUAAAGAGGAUGUUACUAUGAUCCCAAAGUCCCCGAAGCCUCCCAAGUCCCCCAAGCCUCCCAAGUCUCCAAAGCCUCCCAAAUCACCAAAGUCUCCAAAAUUUCUAAAAACUCCAUCCGAUGAGAACAUUAAAAGGUCUUCUACUGUGAAACCCAUUGAAAACAUGCUGUUAGAAGUGCCUCCAGGUGACCCUUCUGCUCCCAGGUUUAACACUGAACAAAUUCAGUACCAGGAUGUCAGGGUGCUGCGUACCAUUGGAAGCCGUGAGCGGGUACCUCCACCUACUCCUGCUGCUAUUCCUCCACAGAGGGUCAGUGCAGUGAUGGCUCGCCCUUCCAGCACUAAGCCUAAUGAGGAGCUAAUGAGGCCUCGCUUGAAUGAAAGGCGUGUUUACAGCCGCUUUGAGCCGUUCUGCAAAAUGGAAAGCUCUGCUCAGCCAGUAGAAACUCCGCCAGGAAGCAAUACCCCCAAAAGCAGUGCCCGGUUCUCAGAGACAAACAGCAAGACCUCCAGAAAUAAUUAUGUAAGGAGCAAUCAGGUGGCUAAUUACAACCCUGGUGUAUAUCAUGCUCUGCAUCCAAAUGAAAACAAGUUAAGGGGAAUUAUGCAAAGAUUUGGGAAUUUUAUAUAUAAAAACAAAUGAAACCUAGUAUGGGAUGUUUUUAAAAACCUGUUAAUGCUGUAAAUACUUAACAAGUUUAGACUGAUGGGCAGCUUUUGUAAAGCUUAACUAAAGUUAUUGCAAGGAUUAGGACACUGCUAUACAUGUAUAUUAUUUUACUUGGUCCAGAAUAAGUUUUGGAAUCAGAUGUGUUUAUAUGUAUUUGUAUUUUUAUGGAAUUUGAGAUGUCCACCUCAAUGCUGCAUAUUUUAUAAAACGUAAUAACGACGACACAUGUGGCAUAACAAGCCAAAGGAAGCAUUUAAAACUUUAGCCAAGGUAGAACCAUUUGUAAAAUUUCAGGACCUUCCGUAUUAUCACCUUU